AUGACGUCGCACGCCGAGCUCCUCGCCGCCUGCGCGGAGUUUCAGGAGAACUUCGCCAGCCUCAACGUCAAGUACAACGCCGCGGCGAAGGAGCUGCAGGGCGCGCGGGCGGCGGGUGAGCGGCUGUCGAAGCAGCUCGAGGCAAUGCGGGAGGGCGAGGGCAGGCUGCAGGCGACCGUCCGCGAGCUCAGGCAGGAGCUGCAGGAGGCACGGGCGUACAAAGACCGCUACGUCGCCGCCAACGUCUCCGUGGAGCACCUCAAGGGCCGGCUCGAGAACGCCCGCCGCGCCAUGGCGGACAAGAUGCUGGAGCACGAGCAGCAGGUGGAGCAGCUGCGGGGGCAGAUACGGGACCUGCUGCAGCGGGUGGGCGUCUGCGGCGAGGCCCAGGCGACGCGGCAGCUGAAAAAGCAGGUGGUGGAGCUCGAGGAGCGCUGCGCCGCGCAGAACGGCCACCUCCUCGAGGAGAAGGAGCGCGGCGGACAGCAGCUGCUCGCGGCCCACACCGCCCUGCGUGAGCAGCAGGCCCGCGUCCUCGAGCUCGAGCAGCGUUGCCGCGCAUUGGAGGCGGAGAUCACGCAGAUGCGCUCCGUCGUGCGGCGGUCGGCGGACCUGCAGAACGAGGCCGCGGUCGCCAGGGAGAGGAGCGCCUCCGAGGCGCGGCGGGCCGUCAUGCAGGCGGAGUCCGUCGCCGCCGAGCUCCGCGAAACGCAGGCGAAGCUCAGCGAGGCGGAGGCGCAGCACGCGGAGGCGCUGGAGGCGGCGAAGGAGGCGGCCGACGCGGCGGCGGCGCAGCUGCUCGGGCGCAUUAGUGAACUCUCCGCCGCCGUCGACGACGCCGUGGCGGCGCGGGCGACGGAGCAGGAGCGCUACGCGGCGCUGCAGCGCUCCGUGCACGAGCGGGUCGAGGCGGUGCGGGCGGAAGCGCGGCUAGAGAUGGCGGCGCUGCAGAAGUCCCUCGCCGACGCCCGCGCGGAGGCGCAGCAGUCGGCGUGGCGCGUGGAGCAGACGCAGAUGGAGCUGGAGGAGGGCCGGCUCGCGGUGCAGCAGCGGGAGGCGCGGCUGGAGAGCGCCGCGGCGGAGCUGGCGCAGCUGCGCACGCAGCUGGACUCCCUCGCGCAGCGGGAGGCGUGGCUGGCGGCGGAGCGCGACCACCAGAAGGCGCAACUCGCCGCGGCCCGGGCGCAGGCGCAGGACCUGGCGGCGGCGCAGCGGGCCCGCGAGGAGAGCGACCUCGCCGGGGAGCGGCUGCGCAUUCAGCUGCAGUUCCUCGAGGAGGAGGCGCAGGAGGCGCGCCGCCUCGCAGAGGCCGCCGAGUCGCGCGUGCAAGACAUGGAGGCGGCGGCCGAGCGGCGGUUGCGGGCCCUGCGCGGCGAGCUGAGGGGGGUGAAGAAGCAGGCGCGGGCGGAGCGGGCGAAGGCGGACGCCGUGCGGCGGCGGUUGGUGCAGGCGCUGCUGGAGCGGGAGGCGGACGCCGCCCCACACCCCUCCCCGCAGCCGCAGUUGCCCUACGGGGCUGCCACGACGACUCCGGCGGCGCCGUCGGGGGCUGGCCUAGAUGUUCUGGCGCUGCUGCGCGGGCAGACGGAGCAGGCCGCGGCGCUGCACCACCGGCUCGUAGAGCUCUCGCGCUGA